UUAGUGAAAUCAAACAUCUUGUACAUUGACGGGCGGAAUUUACAUCGGAGCCGCAUGCUUGACUAUCAUCCAGUUGGAAGAAUUGAUAAAAUAGCAGCACAAGGAGAGUAUAAGCAUGCUGAACAAAAGAAUAACAGCCUUCUUUCUCGGUAUAAAGCUACGCCCGGUGAAGUCGUUCACCAGACGCCUUACGUAAUAGAUCAGACCAUUUGGUAUGUCGUGAAAAGGCAGUAUCGCUUCCAAAUAGAUAAUCUUUAUAAUCAAUUGGAGGACGUGUGCGUUAGCAUUCUGAACCUCUCUCUUGUCGAAACGCCCUCUGGGAGCCCGUGCCUAGGACCGGACUUGCUGGUAGCUUCCUUAGAUGAGUAUCAUUCUCGCUUGUUUGCCAACUAUUAUAAGUGGUGCGAUUAUCUUGGAGCUGAACCUUUUCCUUGGAGAAAUCCCCCUUGGCUUGAAGGCAGCUGUGCAGAAGACUGCCCUCCCACCAGUUCUCCGGCUUGCAAGGAAGGCACAAAUAUCGCAGCCGAAGAGAGCGACCUACUCUGCACGACACAGAUACGUCAAGAGCUCCAGCAGAUGAUGUUCGAGGUAGCAACUUUUAAAUUACUCUGGGCAGAGGCUGCAAAUCUUCGGCACACACCCGAGCUUCUCUGCUGGCUUUUUCACUGGAUGUGCAUGGCGUGGGACAAAGACUUUAAGCCAGAGGAAGAUUUUUGCGAUCUCAUUCGCGAUGUUAUUCAGCGCAUACGAGAUGAGCAAUGGUACAUGCUGACGGCCUUGCAUACUCCUGAUCACAAUGCAAGGCUGUUGUAUGACGAUUUCAACGAGCUAUUCUGGGACCGCCGAUGCCUUGAAUUACUCGAUAGACCGGCGACUGACGUCGAGGUUAAUCAAAAAGAGACACCGUCUGGAGAUGCAAUUUACUUGUCCCCGCCAAGAAGAUCACACUUGAAUAAGUUGAUCACGCAGUCAAGAUCACCUCCACAGAAGCGUCCUUCAAUCGGCUUUUCGGUUUCAAGAGAUAAUCUUAAUGCUGUCAUUGCCGAACUAUCCUGCUCAUCCAAACCCGGAUCUGGUGUGAAAACUUUCAUUGAACACAGAACCUAUGCCCAAGUCUUACGGAAUUUUUGGCGUGUGCUCGCUUGGCACGUGACCACGUUCGCAGGAAUCCUCCUCCUCUACGCAGUGCUAAACGAAGAGGCAAUGUACUCUGUCAGGAGACAGUGGGCUAUCAUGACGUUGGUGGCCAUCUUAUCUUACGGGAUGAUGCCGUUUUUCGAUCUGAUGCUUCUCAAUAUUGGAACUUUCACAAAGUCAAGAUGUUGGCAAGUCAUAUGGAGAUGGGCACCAGUGCAUGCAAUCCGAUUGUUAUUUGUUUUGGCGGCGUUGGUGGCAGUAGGUCUCAACGGUCUGGAAUCACCCCAGCUGCAAUGGAAUGGAUUGCUAAGCGUGUUUUACUGGAGCUUUUUCAUCUGCCACUGGGCGCAUUACUUUCUGUACAUCCGCGUUCGUGACCGCAUGCCUUUUUUCAUCAUGCUUUGGAGUAACAAGUGGCUGGCACCUCUAAGCAAGCCAUCCACUUUUACUGGCAGCGUUCCUCUCCUUGCAGAAAAUUUUACUAACGUGAUGAGGUAUUCAUUGUUUUGGAUUUUUGCCAUGAUUGCCAAGGCACUGUACUGGCUGUACAUCAUUCUGCCACCAAUCGUGGCGGCGUCAAACCACGUUGAUUACGUAUCUUGCCGCCCGGUGUACGUCAAUUCUGCGGUCGUUUGGCCUGGACACGUAUCUGCAAUACUGCAAGGCUUUAUAUGGGCGCCAGUUUUCCUCAUCUGGCUCUUCGACCUGCAGAUUUUUUUUCUGCUGUUUGGAGCUAUAUAUGGGAGCAUCGACGGUUACAUUCGGCGUGUCGGAUACAUAACCAAUUCCCGAAAAAUUCAGCAGCGAUUGCUACCUAUGCUGCCCCUUAGCGUGGUCUUUCAAGAUCCAGCUGACAGAAGAAGAGGGUUUAAAUCCAGUUUUGCAGGUAUGACCUAUUCGUCUGGCUUACCAGGGCCCAAAGGCACUGCCACAAACCCUAAAUGCCUCGUGAAAUGUCAAAACUACAUUACGAAAUUAAAACCGAUAGCAUCGAUGAUAAUGACUAAUGGAGCGGAUAUGCAGCCAAAACAUAUGCGGAGUUCCUCAUUCGCACACAUGAAUAUAGAGAUCAACUUUGUAUCGACAACGUUGACUACUGUAUGUCCUCUGUAUUCCGCACUCUUAUGCAAAGAAUACGUGCGCAUGGAUGCAGGUGCCAGAAAUGAGGGCCACGACGAUGAUGCAGUGACACAACGCAAUGAACACACGCGUAGUUUGAUUGCCAUAAAGAGAUUUGGAUUUUUAUGGAAUGAGAUCAUACAGAGCUGGCGCGACGAAGACAUCAUAGACUAUGCUGAGCAGGAAAAGUUGGAAUUUAAUGAGCUUCCCAGCAUCUCCCUUGAGUUUGAGAGCCUCUCAGACCUACAUUUAAAAUGUGAGAAUGCAACAGUUGACUGGCGCCAUUCUGCAGUCCGGUACCCUGUAUUUGUGUACUGCAACGAGCUAACAACAUUUCUGAAAAGUUGUGAGGACUUUCAUUACCAGGUUACCGGUAACAUGCUCCGGCUUUGCAGUAAAAAAGCAUUAGCCAAAAAGUUUUUCCAGCAGCACUUGUCGCGUGAUCUAAGUGCGAAUGACCCUAGGUUUGAGCAAGCGAUGCAUUUGCAAGCGUGCCAAGAGAUUUCUGAGGCUUUGAUGCUCUACGUCGCAAGAUACUUCAAAGAAGGCCCACAACUAGUUCGUGCAAUGGAAGAUCUGUGGUCAUGGGUGCAGAAGGAUCCAACGCGGUUACUGUGGAUCAACCUCCAAGGUUUAAAACCUCUAUCCAAAGCGCUUCAAAAUGUGUUUGUUCUCGCUCAAAAGGCCAGCUUUUCUUUAUCAACUGAUGCAGAGAAUUUGACGAAAGCAAAUGUUCAAUUGAAGAAGGCAUUGCUGGCGAUGAUUAUGUUACCAAGCAGCGAUCCAGAAGAACUCGGUGGAUCAAAUAUUCCAUUAGUUAUUCAAGGCUACGUCAGAGGUGUAAGCCUAUGCUUUGGAUCUCAUUCAAUGAUCAAGGAUAUACCCUCAAUAUUGCCGGCUCCUCUACAGCGUGCUGAAGUGGCCGUCAUGAUUGAGCAACUUCAGAUCUCAUUGCACCACACCUCCCUUUUGCUGCUUGCUAACGAAGGAGAGAAAAGGGAUACGUCUGAAGCCCUUCCACUCCUUCCAGAAGAACUGGCCGAGAUGCGAGCGCUGCACGCACAGCUUGGGGAGGCGAACGCAGACGUUGUCUUGGGAGACAACGGAUCCGAAGACGCAAGGUUCCUGAUUCAAGGCCAGGAAAAUUCAAAGAGGAUAGCAUCCACGGAAUAUGCAGUGAAACUGUUCUUUCGAAGGGCUGCAAAAAUUCUCAAGGCUGAUGACCCGUCGUUCAGAUGUGCAGAAACGCAGCGAAGGUUUGGUACCUUCAUUAAUUCGCUUCUCAUGAGGAUUCCUGAAACGCCACUUGUCCGACAUAUGGUUUCGAUGAUGACUCUCACUCCAUAUUACAGAGAAGACACUCGCCUUGAUUUGCAAGAUCUGGAGAAACGUACAGAUGAGGGAGUGUGCAAGAUGGAUUUGCUUCGUAGUUUGCAUCCUGUGGAAUUUGACAACUUUAUUGAAAGAGUUGACCGUGAUAGGGAUAUGUUUACGAUAAGACAAGAAAUAGAGGAUCGUGUCACCGAUUCUCCCGAGCGUCGAAAACUGGCUUUACAAGACGUCCGUGCCCAAAUGCAACAAUGUGGCCUGCUGCAUCGGUGAGGGAAUUCAAAUAGGCUUGACGAGGCUCAGCUUGAGAUUAUUAGGAGUCCUGAAGGGGCCUUGUGGAGGGAAGUUGUAAAUUAUCCACCUCCGUAUGAAGUAAAGCAGUCGACCCGGGAACUUGCCCAGCUAAAGUACCAGUAUGUGGUUGCUGCUCAAGAGUUUGGAACAGAUCUUUAUGCCCAGAUGCCAACCGAUGGCUGCGAGCCGUCUCCAUCCCUUCGUGCACAGCUGCUCCGAAAAGUGGCUCUCUACAAGCUAAUGGUGCGCUAUCCUAGCCUACGAAUUGCAACGCUUGAACACGAGCGCACCCUAGACGGGAGGCCUACAGGCCAUAAAAUCAGCGUUCUUUACAGACUGACAGCCGAUAUUGAUCCACUGGGCGAGCGCAUUGUUGCCCCAGCAUCGGCAAACAUAAGCAAACUGACGGCUGCGGGGAGAUUCGUCCGACAAGCCGAGGGAGAGGUUAAUCCGGCACGAAUUCCCCAUCUUCUGGUCCCAGCGCCGCGUAUACCUGUCUGUACCCCUGGUGCUAACAUGGAUCCAGGUGCCUCGGUUAAAAUAAAGUCCAGAAGCGGGGGUAGCAGCAGCAAGAGCAGCAGCGGAGGGCUCGAAGCUGCUGAGAUUCCACCACACGUGAGUAGUGACUCGCCUACUGAUCUAGUAGACGAGCGGGGAAAAAAGGUCGUACAAGUUCAAGAGGGUGUAUUUGGAGGCGUUCCACUGGACUCCAAGGGACAUGUGCGGGCAGAAUUUGCUGAAUCGCUUCUACCGUCAAUAGUUGCAGGAACGCGCCAGAUACUAGGACAGGGACUAUCGAACCUCGAACGAAGCUCUCAGUAUUUAGCGAAUUCCAGCGGUACGCAUGAAAACGAAGGCGAUCCCUUUUGCACCCCCCGACGACAAGCGAUUCUUGAGGCUCAGUCGAACUCGAGGCCGAUUCCGUCUGUUCAGGCCCAUAAGAGUGGCGAGUAUGCUGGUAGGAGCAGUGGUGGUGGCGGUGAUUUUGAGUCGAAGAUAUCGCGUGCUAUUCACUGGUUGUACCAGAAGAAGCAGUGUGACCGGUCUCUUUUUGCUGCACGGACCAGGAGCGCCAUAAAGUCUGCAUCCCCUCAACGAGACACCAGCGAACUUGAUUCAAGAACCGAUGCUUAUUCUCCACUGCAUGAAGUUGCGGAGGGGCCGAGAGAGACAUUACUCUCGUUGCUGUGCCAAAGCAUGCCUCGGGAUCCUGUGGACAAUUCCAAAGAUCCCUCCGGAGCUGAAGUGAGUCCACUGCAAAAGACUGCUCACUCUGACACGUUACAAUUGGCUUUCAGUGCGACUCUCCCGACAAGCAGCGUGGGUAUCAACAAACAGGAUAGAGAGGCUAAAUUCUGUCCGGCGAUCAAUCACGGCACCAGUCCAGGAACGGAUAAUUUCCGCGGACCGACCGGGAGUUAUUUUGGAAACUGUGCAGGGGGAUCCUGCAAAUAUGACUCGCGCUGCAACAGUUCAGUCCAACAUGAAGCACGACGUGCAGGACUUGGCUCCACUGACAGACUAAUUGGUCCAGCGAAAAGGUCACUACACACCGCGAAAGGUAUAGCCAGCGACGUGGCUUCAAAGCCGACUCUACUGGAGGCACAAUUCGCCCGGGAUCUUGCGCGAAAUCACAUGGUUCCAGUGGAUUUGACUUUCUCUCGUGAUCUCCCUCGAGCUGCAUCUCUUCCACGUGCUUCCUGCUUUGUUGAGCAGAAGAGCCAACCAUGGGACUUGAAAUCCGAAGUCGCUGGUAGUGUCGGUGAAUAUGACCAGCAAGUGUCGGUGCAGACUCGCGACCAGGAGAGCGCGAGCCGCCUUUCAGAGCCUCGCAGAAACGCACAAGCCAUACCGUCAAGGAGGCAUUCUAUCAUCACGUUGCAUCCAAGGCAGGACGGUGCACUGCGGUGGACCGCAUUCAUGACGGCAGAGUCUGUUUGCGGGGAAGCUGAUCGCGACUCUGAUUCCUUUCCAGGUGCCCCUGAUUUUUUGGCUACACCUAGAGCAGAGGCAAUCACUGCUGACUCCCAGCAGCCCAGUUCAGGCGUAUGCCCUCGCCUUCCGGAGGGGUUGCUGCUGCAUCGGCAAGAACCGUGGCACAAAACAGAAUGCGGACUCUCCCCACAGGCCCCUUGCACCAGCCGUAGUCCAUCUGGCAGGAGAGACGCUGAAAGUGAACAUGGUAGUCAACGGCUGGAGCGCUUGAGGGCCGAGGAACAAGGGGGUUCGCAGCAAGCGAAUCAGUCAGGAACUGCUGUUCAGAGAAGCAACAGCAGCCUUCGCGCAGUCCAGAACACGGGAUUUUUGUCCAUGAAAGAGCGUGUAGCCUUCUUCGAGAACAGGCUUGCGCGCCACCAAGCACGGGUUGAAGCUGAGGCGAGCAACUUAUCCAGACAACGGCGCAACUCUCAACAGAGUGGCAUGAUAUGGCCUUCUCGGCGGGGUCCACUGAGGCUCGAACCAAUUUACAAGAUAAGGCUGCCACUAAUUACGGACGAAUGCGGAAUGCCGUGGGCUCGCAUGCCCAUCAUUGGUCCUGGGAAGCCUGAGAACCAAAAUCAAGCCAUUGCUUUUUCCCGGAUGGACACUCUGCAAGUGAUGGACAUGAAUAUGGAGUCAUAUCUCGAGGAGGCAAUCAAGCUUCGAAAUUUGCUGCAGGAGUUUGUGCUUAAUGCCCGCAUGCGCAUUCUGGACAUUUUUGCUGGGUUCAAUUGUACUGCCCGCGGCUACAGUGUACAUCAUGCUGAUUACAUUCAGUGCGGCAAGGGUCGUGAUGUUGGCCUUCAACAAGUUGUUAUGUUUGAAAAGAAAGUUGCUGGCGGUAACGGAGAGCAGGUGCUUAGCCGAGACUUAAACCGUUUGGUUUUGAACAUGGACUUUUUUCGAGUUUUAUCUUUGUGGUUCACCGGCCCCGGAUUUUUUUUAAACUCCGUCAUUUUGGUGUUGGCUGCAUACGUUUGUCUGUACUCGAAAUGCUUCUUGGCUUUUGCAAAGUACAACUAUAGUGGACCUGUUGAAAGUGCACUGGAAUACGUCUUGACGCCAGCAGCCUACAUUCAGUUCCAGCUUGGGAUGCUCCUUGCGCUACCGCUGAUUCCAUGGCUAUUUCUGGAAAAGGGCCUGGGUUCGGCAUUGCGAAAGCUGGUAGACCUCAUUACCAAGUUCGCUAUCAUGUAUUACAAUUUUAUGACCUGCACCAAAGCGUCCGUGAUAGAUCAUGUCUUAAUUUACGGAGGUGCCAAAUAUCAGGAGACUGGGCGUGGUUUUGUCAUCGAGCGAGCGACCUUAAAAGACAUCUGGAUGUUUUACUAUUUCACCCAUUUUUCAAUCGGCUUGGAAAUUUUUAUUCUCCUUGCCGUAUACGCCAUGUACGCAGAUUUAGACACAGCUGUCCUUUUCUUGGACACAUGGCCGAUUUUGCUGAUGGCCAUAUCGAUUAAUUCAGUACCAUUCAUCUUCAACCCAUUAGGAUUUUACUAUCCACGCCUGCGCCAAGAUUUCAGAAACUGGAAUUCAUGGAUGUCCUCCCGCGAGUUGGGAGUUCCUAAGGAAUCGUGGGUUUCUUGGUGGAGAGGGGAGAUGGAACAGCGGUGCAACAUUGUAUGGCACCACAAAGUCAUUAUUGUACUUCGCCUUUUACGAUUCCCCCUUCUUGCCGCGGGCAUCAUAUCCUGCGUUGCAACCUCCAUACAGUCCGCCGAUGUUGACUGCGCAGUGUACCUUAUAGCAGCAUCUGGAUUAUUUGUCACCAUAAGAGCUUUGCUAGGAGACCUUCAAGCUGUCAGCCCUUCUGCGAAGGCGUGGCUGUCCCUCAUCCUUGUAACUGGAACAGUGGCUUUGCUCCUCUGGCUCGUUGUGACAAGCAAAGUGUCAUUGGGGUCUAUCAUUGUUUCACUGUUUUCUCUUUGCCUAUUUAUUCACGGCAUGCUUGAGAUCUCCUUUGCUUUGUUGGGCCGAUGGGCAGUCCGGAGCGACAUGUUUUCUGAUGUAGUGAGGAUAUAUCACCGGUGCUCUGGCUUGUGCACUUUUGCGCCUCUGCUCGCUUUGUCAGCGAUAACGACCAGUAUACAUCAUCUGCAAACGCGUAUCCUUUUCAAUCCGACAUUCGUGUCCAUAGUUAAGAGUGGCCUUGUGCAGCGCGAACAAGUAGAAAAAAGCGGUCGCGAUCACAGCUGA